ACGUUCGUGCUGCUCUGUGCCGUGAUCGCCAUCGACAAAGCGGACCAAAUUCUGUUGCCGGCCGUGUACCUCGAGGUGUGCAACGAGUAUGGCGCCGGACCGGCAGCGCUGGGUAUGGCGACCUUUUGGCGUGGCAUCGUGCAAUCGAUAGUUGCGCUCGCCGUUGGCCCGCUGGGCGGUCGCUACGACCGCGUGAAGCUCAUCGCCAUGGGCUGCGUGUUCUGGUCCGUCGCCUCUCUCUUCGUCGGCUCGGCCACGUCCAUGCGCACGCUCGUGAUUUCGCGGGCCUUGAACGGAGUCGGCAUCGGCCUGGUCAUCCCGCUGGUCUAUGCCCUCGUCGCCGACCUCUGCCCCGCAAACCUGUCCGGACGCGCCUUUGGCGUCCUGAACUUUGCCAACAACGGCGGCGCCGCGCUCGGCGGCUUCCUCGCCACGCAGCUCGCCGACACCGACGGCGCCGUCGCCGGCUGGCGCCUCGUCUUCUACAGCGUGGCGGUCGUCUCUUGCGCGACGGCCGCCGUGCUGCUCUGCUUCGGCCGCGACGUGCGGCCCGCGCUGACGGAUGCGACCGGCGGCGGCCGCCUCGCGCGGCCGCCGCCCCUCUCGGCCAGGGCGGCGCUCGCCGAGGCGUGGCACGUCGCGACGGUGCCCACCUUCCUCAUCAUCAUACUGCAGGGCGCCGUGGGGUCGGCGCCGUGGUACUCGAUGUCCUUUUUGACGCUGUACUUUGAGCUCAGGGGCCUGUCGCACGCGGCCGCGGGCGCGACGCGCUCGCUGCUCGACACGGGCGCCAUGUUCGGCAACCUGCUCGGCGGCGCCCUCAACGACCUCGCCGCGCGCCUCGCGCCGACGCAUGGCCGCGUGCUCGUCGGGCAGCUCUCCGUCUUCUCGGGGCUGCCCAUCUUCCUGCUGCUCUUCUACGGCAGCGCGCCGCGCGCCGCCGCGCCGCUCAUGCUGCUCGCGGGCCUGCUAGUCUCCUGGUGCGGCGGCGUGAACAACUCGAUGAUGGCCGAGGUCGUCGACCCCGCCCUGCGCACCACCAUCUACGGCCUCGACCGCGCGCUCGAGGGGGUCGUCGCGCCCGUCGGCGGCCUCGCCGCGGGCUGGAUCGCCGAGGAGUUCUUUGGCUUCGCGCAGAGCGACGGCGGCGCCCUCCACGACGGCGGCGCCGAGGACGCCGGCAACGCGAAGGCCUUGGGCGACGCGCUCGCCGUGACGAUGCUCGUGCCGUGGGGGUUCUGCUUCCUCGCGUACAGCUUGCUCCACUGCACCUACGGGCGCGACAAGCGGAAGACGGAAGCGGCG